AUGUGGGGUCGAGCUGGCGCUUAUUGCGAUGGACCCAACGUCCACCUCAUUGCACUACAACUCGCCCAUCACUGCACUAUGCCCAUGUACGCCGACUUGCUCGAGGCUGGCAAAUCGCCAGCUCUCGACUUUGUACUCCCCUACGACCAACCAGAGGUUAGGAAGGACCCGGAGGAGCGAUUAAACGAAAUCGAACAGCUCGCGGAAGACUUGUACGGAGACGGCGAAAAGGCGCCAUCGACCAGCUGCGAGUAUACACGCUGGAAGAAUAUGCAACCCGUUUUGCAGGGCCGACUGGGAAAGUCGCUGAAUCGGGCGUUUGGUCUAGCGAAAACGGGAGUUGGACACGGUCGAGGGAGGCUGAUGAGCGUGGAUCUUGAUGACGAUAAACUCCGUCCAGAUGCGUUGUUAUUACAUGGCGAGCCCAUUUCGAAGCUCAGUACGGAAAAGAUCUUUGAGUAUGUCGCGACGUACUGUGACAGUCCACCAACCAGCCUCGAAUGGAUAGACGACCGCACAACCGUCAUCGUUUUCGAAUCGCCUACCGCGGCCAAAUCGGCAUUUCCAAACCUAGCUACACGAUCUGCAGACGAACCCGAGCCCGAAUCCCAACCGAAACGCUCGUCCCUGCUCAUCCUGUUCCUAAAAGAUGUGGCCGCCCGAAGCGCAGUUUGGAUCGGAAGCUCAAGGGCGCGAGAAAGCGUACGGUCUAGACCAGGAGGGGCAGGAGGAGAUGACCUGGAUGCUGAAUUGGACGAGAUGAAGCGGCGGAGAGAGGCUGGUGAUGAGGAAUGGGAAGCAGAACGUACAGCGGCGUUGGACCGGGAGUUGGAUGCGUUGGCGGCGAGGAAGGAUGGAGAUGAGGAGAACAUGGAGGUUGAAUCUGCGUCUAGACUCCAGAGUCGACUGGGACCUAGGAAGAAUGUUAGUAGGCCAAUUGCAUCGUUGCCACGUAGACGAGGCCAAGGACGAGCACCCAAAGAAAGGCCCAAACAGACGCAGGAAGACUUGGACGCCGACUAG